AUGGCAGACAGGGAGCCAGAGAGCGCAGAUGCGGUGGCCGGAGCCUCGCCGAGAAACGAGGUACCUGUCGUUGAUGACAAAGACCUGUCCAAACGCCAGAGAAUACCAAUCGGGAGAGGCGACCAUGUUUACAAUAGACGAAAGCGCCAAUAUGAACUCCGUCAGUCCCACGAACGCGCGGAGAAAGGGCGCUGGACCAAAUAUGUCCUCGUAGUCCGCCGGAAAUUCGACGACAAAGGCAUGCCUUCGCACAUUGAGCUCGAAGUCAGGGGAAAGCGUCUUCGAGCCGUACUCGAGGAUAUCCAUAAAUCGAAAGAGGCAUUUGCGUUCCGGGACGAGCCCGCCCUUAUCGAUCCGCGCGAGAUGUUUCAUGCCUUAAAGGGACUACGUGAUCGACUCGACAAGGAACAGAAAAGGCUUGAAGACCGUGACCGAGACUUGGAGUUUGAGCUUCAGGCCGGAAUUUCGUAUGUCUUCGAGGAUUUUGGAGCGACCAUGACGACGCUCAAGGCUGUGUUGCCGAGUUUGCAGAUCGGCUGGACCGAACUCUGGGCCAUCUUUCCCUACGGCACCGUUGUCGUGGGGACUGACAAGCUUGGUAACGAGCAAGCAUACACUGUUCGCGAGGGACGAGAAUGGAAGGACCCCGAGACCAAUGUUUGGUAUUACAGAAUGUAUGCAGCCUUCAUUGACUCGGAUGGCCGAUCAUGUGGCUGGGUGGAGGACAACCGUCUCAUGAUUCAAGAGUUCAGAGACGUGAAGAAGAUCGUCGACCUUCCAUACUGGCCACUUCACAUGCAUCCGAACGCGAUGGCCAUUGAGGAGCGUCUCCGAACAGCUGGACGGGAAGCGAUGAGGCGACACGGACGACACGUCGUCGAGUAUUAUGGCCAUGGAUUGCGAAGGGACAAGACGGACCCGCAACGCAAGUUGAUCAAGUUCAAUCCGCAUGGGAGACUUAUUCUAGAUCCAGAAACGUUCGACUUGGUUGAGCCUUACGAUACGACAGUGCCCUCCGUUCACCCAGUAGCAAUGGACAGUAUUGGCGACGAAGAACUGAAGCUCAUGUCAGCAUCUGUGUACGGAUUCAGCCUGGGAGACAAAAUUUGGGGGACGUUUUCUGCGGCAAAAGUUGGUGAUCCCAAAUGGGACGACACAGCAUUCGGGGACCUGGAGCUCGGUCAGGAUCGGAAGGAUUUUAUCCUCGACUUGGUAAAGCAGCACAGCGCCAGCAACGGCCAAGGAUUCGACGACAUUAUCAGAGGCAAAGGCCAGGGACUCAUUGGCCUUCUCGAGGGUCCGCCGGGGGUUGGUAAGACGUUGACGGCAGAAGCCAUAGCGGAGGUCACCAAGCGUCCGCUUUACAGCAUGAGCGCCGGUGAGCUCGGCGAAAAACCAAGCGACAUCCACAAGACGCUCAAAGGUGUUUUGGAGCGGGCACAGCGCUGGAAUGCUGUGGUUCUUCUGGAUGAGGCGGAUGUCUUCCUGGCUGAACGAAGCGAGACAGAUAUCGAGCGCAACGCCAUAAUCUCCAUUUUUCUCCGAGAGCUCGAGUACUAUUCGGGGAUCUUGCUUUUGACGACAAAUCGGCUGCCAUCUUUCGACCCGGCCUUCGACAGUCGCAUCCACUUUUCCGCGAGGUAUCCCGAACUGACAGCAGAGAUGCGUCGAAAGAUCUGGGCACGAUUCAUUGAGAUAUCCCGUGCUAGGAGCCACGAGUUAAUGGUCGACUUCAGUCCCAAAGAUAUCGCCGAUCUUGCGAAUAUUGAUAUGAACGGCCGCCAGAUCAAGAACAUCGUCAGCGUCUCGCAGACGGUGGCGCUCCAGAGGAAGCAACCUUUGAGCAUGAAAAGUGUCCUGACCGCAAUUGAUUUGUCCAAGAGUAGUCGCGGCUUGAAGAAGAUCAGUGCCGAAAAUGCGUGA